AUGUCCAUGCUUGAGAGAUCAACCAUAAGGAAGGUUGCUUCUAAGAUGGAAGUAAGCAAGACAACAAUUGGUAGAUUUCUUAAGAGUAAUCAAUUGAAACCUCAUACAAGUGCUAUCAAGCCUACACUUACUGAAACCAACAAAAUUGAAAGGAUGAAAUGGUGUCUUUCUCAUAUUCAGACUACACUCGCUGAAGGUAAACUUCUUUACCAUUCAAUGCACAACAUUGUUCAUAUUGACGAGAAAUGGUUCUAUAUGACAAAGACAUCAGAUAGAUACUACCUGUUACCGGAUGAAGAUGUUCCAUACAGGUCAUAUACCAGCCCAAAGAAGUUCAAAGAACAGGCCAAAGGGACAAUGGAGACAAAGCCUAUUCAGUCAAUUACCAAGGAAGUCAUGACAGCUUGUCUCCUAAACCAGAUUAUACCAUCAAUCAAAGCCAAAUGGCCAGCCAAUGCAAGCAAGAAGAUUUUCAUACAGCAAGAUAAUGCCAAACCUCACCUUAGAGCAGCUGAUCAUCAGUUUGAGGCACUUGCAAGUACUGAUGGAUUUGAAUUCCAUCUAAUUAGCCAACCACCCAACUCCCCAGACACAAAUGUGUUAGUCCUUGGGUAUUUCAGGGCAAUACAGUCACUACAAGAUGACAAGAUGGCCACAAGUGUAGAUGAUUUGCUUAGGAAUGUGUUUACCUCAUUUGAAGAACUCUCACCACAGACUCUGAAUAGAGUAUUCAUCACUUUGCAAAGCUGUUUGACAGCAAUAUUACAAGUGCAUGGGAAGAAUGACUACAAGAUCCCUCAUAUGAACAAGAACAGAUUGGAAAGAACAGAGUUGCCUUUACACUUUAGGUUGAAGAAGGAUUGGUGA